AUGAGAAGAAAAAUUGCCAGUGGCAUCUUGAACGAACUGAUGGACAACGUUUUCGGAAGAACUUCGGUGACCGACUAUGUCAACCUCGCGAUCCUUCAAAUUUCGCCUAAUCACUCUCUCCUCACCACCGUCAAUGGAAGGAUGAUGCGCUGUAAGGAUGAGUUCGACACCCUCGGCGAUGGCAACGGAAGGAUCCGCGCCUCUGGUGUGGUGCGCCUAUCCCGUAACCGGCAUGUACACUCAAGCCUUCCGCAUCCUGCCUGGGCCGUCUUCGCGUUACUCGUCCUCACCUAUCACAUCUGGAUCAGCCCCCUUGUCCUGGGUUUCAACUUGACAUACAUCAUAACAACAGCAGUACACGCCGUCAUCCUCGGCGCAUCCGUCAACUCGGCGCAUGACACCGAUGUCUUCGCGGUACAGGUUGACUUGCAGUUCGCCAUCUAG